AUUGGUGCAAAAUCACGGAAUGCUUGUCAAAGAUAUUAAAAAAAAAAAAAAAAAGUUAAAAUGGCAUCUUACAACUUUUUGCGAAAUAGAGUUUUAACAAAAAGUUUAAAGAAUAAAAAAGAAACUAACAUAUGGAAAGUCUCCCGAUUGAAGUUACACAUGUAAGAAAUGAAAAAUUGGAGCCAUAUAAAAAUGGAAAAAAGAUUGGAAACUAUUUACUUGGGUCAACUAUAGGCGAGGGUUCUUUUGCUAAAGUCAAAGAAGCUAUCCACGUAAUAACUGGUGAAAAAGUAGCCAUAAAAAUUAUAAAUAAAAAACAUGCGAGUGAAGAUCGUUACAUGCGUAAGAAUCUUCGACGCGAAGCGCUUAUUCAACAACGCGUGCGACAUCCAAACAUUGUUCAACUAUUUGAGGUGCUUGAAACUGAGCAUUUUUACUACCUUGUUAUGGAAUAUGCUAGUGGAGGUGAGUUGUCUGACUAUAUGACAGAGAACAAAAAAAUUGAUGAAGCUAUGGCUAAGAAACUAGUCUUUCAACUUGUGUCUGCAGUACUGAGUAUGCACAAAGCAGGAGUAGUCCACAGAGAUUUGAAAAUUGCAAACUUCCUUCUUACUGAAGAAAAAGAUCUAAAAAUUACAGAUUUUGGAUUAAGUAACACUAUAUCUGAAGAAAGCAUUGAAGCAUUUCAAAAGACAGGAAUUUUUCCUCAACUGCUCACAACGUAUUGUGGAAGUCCUUUAUACGCUGCUCCAGAAGUUAUUGCACAGAAAACUUAUGGACCUCAAGUGGAUGUUUGGAGCGUCGGAGUGAACAUGUAUGCCAUGUUAGUGGGAUACGUACCUUAUUACAUAGAGCCUUUAAAUCUGAUGACAUUGUACGAAAAAAUGAUGCAGCGAAACAUGUCACCUAUACCCAAAUUUUUAUCAGAAGAAUGUAGAGAUCUUAUUAUGCGACUUUUGGAACCUAUACCAGAAUGGCGCAUUACUUUAGAACAAGUUCUACAUCAUAAAUGGUUCAAAUCUUUAGAAAAAAUUCAGUGUCACGUUUCACUUGGUGAUGUAAUGAGCGCAAAUAAGCAGUUAUGUAAAAGCGUUCUCACUUACAUGCAACAAGUUCUUAAUAUUGACUAUAAUGAAGCAGCAACAGCGGUCUUUUCAAACAGAGCUACGCAUGCGUCUGCCGUUUAUCAUCUUUUGAUUCGAAGAUAUGAUAGAUUUAUUAGGAGUAAGUCAUUAUGUUACAGCAACUUUCAAAUAGAAAAUUCUGUAGCUGGAAUAACUCCCACUUUUAAGCCUUUAAAAGUAAAAAAAUAUUUGUAUCAAGGAAAAAAAAUUGCAUCAUUCUCUAAAACACAAAAUGUUUCCCCUGAAAAAGAAAAAAGUAAAGUUGAUUUUACAAUAAACAGCAUUCGAUUGUCUGGUUUCGAAAAAUUAAAUAUCUUAGAAAAAAAUUUUGACAAAGUCAAGUCAAGUGAAAAACUUUCGCAUUUUAGUAUAGACUCUCAUAAAACUCCUCAUCGUGAAGCACAUUUGUCACUGACUAUCCCAGCAAAAACUGACAAGAAUACUCCGAAUAAAGAACCGAUAGAUAUACAGAUAAAUGAAAGUUCGAAGAUCAAAGAUUCAUCAAAUAUUUCGCCUAAUAUUACUGAGUGGAAACUAACAAAAAUUCAUAAGAAGCCGUUAUUGACCGCAGAUGAAGCAAGCUCUUAUAGAAAAUCUUGCACUAAAAUUUCACAAAUCGCAAAUAGUAAAAGCAAUAUAAAUGGUGUCAACGAGUCUAUGAAUGUAAACAAAUUGAAAAGCCCUAACAAAACACCUAUAAAAAUGAUGUUUUCUUCUAACGAAAUCGAAAAGUUAUCGUCUCUUGAGCAAAAUGUCUAUACUGUGCCCCCGAAUUCCCACGAAUGCGCCGUAAAGCAAUCAAAUAAUGUAGACGCAGAUGCAUCUCUGCCUUUUAGCUCUAUGAAUUUGGAUGAACUAAAACAGGCAUUAAAAUUUAGCAAAAAAAAAUUUUUGGAAACGCAUAAAACAGUCACCGGAAAAUGCUUUAGUCCAACAGCAGCCAACUCUAAAACGGAUAUUAAAAUAACUGAUAGGGAAAGAAUCUCAGAGCAGUGUAUAUCACCACCAGCCGCAACAGUAAGACAGUUAACAAAUGAUUUUACUAAUAGCUGCAUUUCUCAAGGAGAGUUGUUAACAAACAUUACGGAUGACGAAAACAAUAAUCCAAUUGAUAGUUUACUUAACUCAAACAAAUUCACUUUCAAUGAAACGUUGCAGAAACAGAGUUCUGAGUCGCCAACCAUAAAGAACACUCGGUUAACAGAAGAAUACCCGAUCCGAAUAGAUGAUCACCAGCUCCGGCUGAAUGAUCAGACUCCAAAAAUAGUAAAAAUAGCAGCCAAUAAAAAAACCUUUGAACUUAAAGUUAAACAAUUUGCACAGUUUAAAAACGAAAACAAUUGUGACAGUAGCUAUUCAAAAAAACCAACCAAUGGAUUUUUAUUAAAACCGUUGGAAUUUAAUUUAAACUUUCGAAACAAAAUGAAAUCUUAUCAUCAAAAAAAGCAGACGUGUUCAGAGUGUCCAAAAAUGAUAUCAGACGACCUUAUAAACAAGAAAGAAGAUGAGGUGCAAGGUGAAACAACAGAAGACGCCAAGUUAUCUUCUGAAGGAUUAUCUUCUAUUGAAAGCUGUAGCAUGAAUAACCAUAACACUGAUUUUAUAUCGUUUCCUACAGAUGUUACAAAUACAUCAAACACAUGCACAGAUGAUACUCAUAAAUGUACAGAUGAUAUCUACAGAUGCACAAACAAUAACAAUUUAUUUACAAAUGCUACAGAUGAAAAUGAUUUGAAUAAAUUAGAUUCAAAUACAAGACCAACUCAAAAAACAUCAAUUAAAAUUACUACAAAAAAGCAUAAAUGUAAUAUAGAAAAUUCAACAGUUCAUGCCAAUUCAAAUAACGAUUCAAAAAGUUCCACCAACUCGUAUGAUAGUGGGUUUUUUGGUGCUAGCUCAACUGAGGAUGGAAUCAUUAGCAGCCCAACAGAUAGUAAUUCUAACAAUAAGAAUGCAACAAACCCAGAAAUAUUAGAGGGUCAAAGAAUAUUUUCAAAAAUACAAACCAAAGAAAAAGAUUUUUACAGGCCCACGUAUUCUCAAACUCCGAUAUUUAACAGAAAAAUUGAGUUUGGAAUAGUAAACGAUUAUGGUAUACAUAAAACUUGGGGAAGUAUGGAACUGAAUAAAAAUGAUAUUAGUAUGUCGUCACAAAAACCUACAUUUCAAAGAGCAAACUCAAAAAUUAUGGAUAACAAAAAUAAACAGUUUGCACACGAAAUUAAGAGAAAUAACUGGAGUUAUGCUUCUUUACCUCAUACAAAACUCAGGACAUUAAAUUUGUCAAAAGAAGACAAUAUUGAAAAAACUUUGCAAAGUCCAAUUAUUCACAACCCUCGUUUUCUCGAUGACGUAUCUAUGUCCUCGAUAACAUUAACAACCGAACCUAGCUUGGGUAGUAGGUCUUCUAAAACUUUUAAUUUAGCUCGAGCUUUGGAAAAUGCUCAAUUAAGGAGGCGAGGAACGAAAAGCGCUUUAGAUAAUUAUUAACUUUUUUUAUGAUGAUGAAUAGCUAACUCAGACCUAAAGUAUAAAAAUUUUUUUUACUAUGAAUAUUAAAUUUUAUAUAUAUAUAAA